GGUUGGUUGAUCGGUUGUUUAUCUUCAUCACCCCCGUCUUCUCUAUGUUCAGCUGGAGUCCUGUCUUCGCCACCUGCUUGCUUCUUUUGUCAAUCUGUUGGUUUUUGCCUGCCUGCCUGCCUGCAAUUCUUCAAGUUUGUGUGACACUCAACAUUCACACGCGAAAUCCAGAUCUUUCAGAGUCUUCUCAUCGGUAAGUCCAGUGUAUUCAUGUAUCCUCGCUCCCCACAGUCUGACGCAUAAUCCAGUCCACCGCAGUAAAGAGUAUCAUUAGUGAUAAUAGUCAUCCAGCCAGCCCUGUCUGACUCCUGUUUUUACUUCAAAUGCCUUUUUCCGCUGUGGAUAACCUGACACGUCAUAUAGAGAAGAUGUUCGAAGACCUGUACAAAGUGGAUGGAAUUGAAGCAGAGAGCUAUUUGACUGCCACUCUGUGCUAUGUUCUUUGGUGAUGUGUAGACUUGCAAUCUGAUCAGCACAUUAUUUGCCUUUUACUGAAUCCAGCUUGUUCCGGUUAGUGGACUUCUGCGUCCAUCGCAUCUUUUUCAUUCUCUCCAAAAUGAUGCAUGAUUUGGCACCAGUUCUUGCAGAGGCCUGAGCCCCAAUUCUUUGGUUAUCUAACAUGUCAGCCUGUCUUCCAAUUAGUAGGCACCUUUCUUUCCUUACAAACUUUUUGCAAAAAUAGCCUCAGUAUAUCUGCCACAGUCUCUGGCUCCGUUCUCAGUAGUUCACAAGGAAUUUCAUCAAUUGCUGCUGCCUUCUCGAACUUCAGUAGAUUAAUUUUCAGUAGAGGUGACGGAAUUCAUUUGUAAUCAAAACCUGAAGUCCCGUAAUACGAACUUUCCAUUCCGACAAUUGUUUUAGCGCACUACCGAUGCGUUCAGCAGAAGAUGGCUGAAAAGAUUGUCACCACCGCGUAUAAUCAUGGAAUCAAUAUCUUUGAAACUGGAGAAGCAUAUUCAGAUGGCGAAGCAGAGAGAACUCUGGGACGUAUUCUGAGUACAAAGAAUUGGAGACGAUCUAGUUACAUUGUUUGCUGCAGACUGUCAAAAAGUGGAGAUGCUCAAACAGAACAAGGACUGUCGAGAAAGCAUCUUUUCGAAGGUCUUCGUUCUUCAUUAGAAAGACUUCAACUUGAAUAUGUAGAUAUUGUGAUUGUAACACGUCAAAAGGACUCAUCGAUUCCAGUUGAAGAAGUUGUCAGAACUUGUACACAUCUUAUCCAUCUUGGAUGGACAUUCUACUGGGGGAUAUCCGAAUGGUUACCAUGUGAAAUUAUGCAAGCUCAAACUAUUGCUAGACAAUUCAAUCUAAUCCCUCCAUCCGUUGAUCAAAAUGAACUAAAUCUGCUGAAUAGAAGUCAAUUACAAAAUAUGCGAGAAGUUUGUGUCAAAUUAAAUAUUGGUAUUAUGACUGGAUCUCCACUCGCCGGUGGAAUUCUGACUGGAAAAUACAUCGACAUUAUUCCGAAUUUUUCAAGAGCUACAUUAAAAGGUCAACAGCAUAUGCGAGAUAAACUUCUCAGUACAGAGGGUUUAACACAAAAGGAACAAGUUAAACAACUGUGUAAAAUAGCCAGUCGAAUUGAAUGUACCUGUGCACAACUGGCUAUUGCUUGGUGCCUUCGCUGUCCACAUGUUAGCAGUGUUGUAAUUGGAGCGGCAACAGUUGAUCAAUUGCAGGAGAACAUAAUGUCGAUCUUGAUAUACCCGAACUUAACACCCAGCAUACUUUCUGAAUUGAAUUCUCUUCUCAGCAUCACAGAUUCCAGCGAUAACUUUCUUUAAAAAUGUGCUCAUUCACAAACUAUUUACAACCUCUCUAUGUUAAACAAUAAUAAUAAUAACCAAAAUUCACUUCACUUGUGUCAACGUUACACAGAGCCAAAACCCUAUCAGUAAAACUCAAAGUUCAUUAAAGUCUAUGAGACUUUCAAGAUUAAUGCGGACACGAAACUGGUGAAGGAACACGAUUGAUAAAGAAAUCUUCCAACGUCCAACAAAUGAAUUGUAUUCCCAAUUCUCAUUCAUUUCUCCCCCCACCCCACCCCCACCCCGCCGUUUAUGAUUCAUACAUGUGCAUAUUUUCAGAUUCAUCAACUUAACUUAAUAAACUGACAAUUUUCAACCCCAUUUAUUUUCUAUAGUAGCGUUGAGUUUAUGUGUAAAUAUAACAAAAUGAGAAAAUCAAUUUUUGGUUGGAAUGUUAUCUGUUGUGAAAUGCUUACUGUCGAGUAUUCACUCAUCAAUUGUGGGCUUCCAUAGUUUUAUUUCACAGGCUGCUCAAGUCAAAACAAAGCAGAUGUAUGCAUACAAUGGUAAAGGAAAUACUUAAUAAAGCCGAGAGGUGCGUGAGAUAAUGAGUGACUAAUACACUGGGUGAAAAUGUAUCGAGUUCAACUCAAAUCAUGGAAACAGGAGACAAGAAACAUUACACUAUACCAAAGUGUGUGUGUGUGUGGGCGGGCGAUAUUAAAGCCGAAGAUUACGUAAUCGAAUGAUAGAGAGAGGGAGAGAGAGACAGUGAAAACAUUCAGUCACCAUAUAGAGUAAGGAAAGACUGAGAAAUAAACACAUGUAUCUAUCUGGUUUCAAGCGUUCCAUAUGAGUCAUAAGGUGGAAAUCAAGAAAU